AUGGCUUGCAGUCUUUCUUGCAAUGUUGUCAACCUCCCGGGUAUGGGCGGUAUCUUCCGUCUCGCACCCUCGGUCACCGUCACUGCCGAGGAGAUUGAGGAAGGUCUUCAAAUUCUUGAUGAGGCCUUAGAGUACGUUCUGAAGACUACAAAAGCCUAA